AUGGUCAAGACAUUCGCACCGUUCGCGACGUCAGCCGCCAUCCUAAUUGCUGCCGCAACCGCUACGGCCGUGCCUGAUGGAUCUUGGCCAGCCAGCACCGGCACUGUCCAGUACUCGGAGGCCUACAUUAUCAAGGCCGGCGAGGUGUUCGACGGCAAGAUGCAGACGUUCGAGCGCUCCGACGUCUCGUGUGAGGGUCAAACCGAGAGUGGAGCCGACACCGCCGACGCCCUCAGUAUCAAGGGUGGCACCGCUUCCAGCGUGUCCACCGUGACUAACUGCGGUGCCCGCUACGCCGACGACAAGGUCAUCCAACACAACGGAUACGGCACUGUCAAGAUCGACGGCUUCUACGGUGAGGACAUCAGUAAGCUCUACCGUUCGUGCGGCACGUGUGGUGACAGACCUAAGAAGGUGUCGGUGACCAACUCGUACAUUGUGAACCCGACCAACUCCAUCGUGACGGUGAACAAGAACUGGGGCGACCAGGCCACGCUGAAGAACAUUUGGAUUAAAUCGAGCAAGGCGAGCGUGAAGGUGUGUCAGUGGUCUCAGGGCAACGCCAACGGCGAGCCGAAGAUGCUGGGCAAUGGCCCGUCACCGCCUCUGUGUCAGUACUCGGAGAGUGACGUGCAUAUCAACGAAAAGUGA